AUGUAUCAACAACCUUCGUCAUCAUCCUCGUCACCACAAAAACCCAAUCUCUCAAGUGGGCUAACAAGAUAUGGUUCGGCCCCAGGUUCUUUCUUAACCAGAGCCGUUGAUUCAGUCAUCGGGGCUGACCGGGAACUCUCUGGUCCUGGAUCAACUUCCCUUGUGGGCAGUCAACAAUACUUCUCUGGCGACUCGCCCUCUAUCACCUCAGAGUCGACUUGCAAAGUCAACUCAUCCAGCUGCGAUCCAAAAGCACCCAAAAGUGGUGGUGGUGGGUUGCAGAGGUCGUACGGCUUGAAUGAGAUAGCACAUGGUGCUGGAUCUCUGGUGCGGCAGAGGAGUUCGCCUGCUGGAUUUCUAAGCCAUCUUGCCACUGAAAAUGGAGGUUUCUCAAUUACAAGGGGAACUGGAGGCUAUAACUCUCACAGUGGUUCUGGUGGUGGCCGCUCAUUAUCAAGGUUGAAGCCUCAAUUGAGCUUCACUGGACAAGAUUCUCUUUCUCAGAUAUCUGAAGUUAGUGAGAAUGUUGUUGAAGGCAUCGGCUCUGACAAUGGCCGCCAGAACUCCACUCAUUCUUAUUCUGCUGCUAGCUUUGGUAUGGAAUCUUGGGACAAUCCAAAUUCCAUUGUAUUUUCUGGGUCGCCCUCGAAACAAGCUAGGACUGGAGAUGGAGAUAUUUAUAACUGUUUCAAUGCCUUAGAAACUCAGUUUAGCCUGCCUCAGACAAGUCUUGAGAUGGCAACAGUGGAGAAGUUGCUACAUAUUCCUGAAGACUCGGUUCCAUGCAAAAUCCGCGCUAAGCGUGGUUUUGCCACUCAUCCUAGAAGCAUUGCUGAAAGGGAGAGAAGAACCAGAAUAAGUGGGAAACUGAAGAAACUACAAGACCUUGUUCCUAACAUGGAUAAGCAAACAAGUUAUGCAGACAUGUUGGACUUCGCAGUACAGCAUAUCAAAGGCCUUCAAAAUGAAGUGGAGGCAUUAGCCAUUGCCCAUUGA